AUGGAGUACACAGCACCUCCGGAGACGGUCUCCUUCAAAGGCCUCCUGUUUGACAUGGACGGCACCAUAAUCGACUCGACAGCAGCAGUAGAGAAGCACUGGCAUACCGUCGGAGAGGAGAUUGGCGUAGACCCUGAAGUUAUCCUGCAGACCUCGCAUGGACGAAGGAGCAUUGACAUCCUGAAGAUUCUGCAUCCGGAGAAGGCAAAUUGGGAAUAUGUAUGUCAAAUGGAGGGCCUAUUGCCCAAACUCCACGGCGACGAUGCAGUUGAGAUCCCCGGGGCACGGGCUCUCCUCGACGCCCUGAUCCCCGCCGCCGCUCCCUGGGCCAUCGUGACGUCGGGCACAACUCCCCUGGUCACCGGCUGGCUGGACGUGCUGAAGCUGCCUCACCCCGAGCACCUCGUAACUGCCGAGUCCGUGGAGAACGGCAAACCCGACCCGGCGUGCUACCAGCUGGGCCGCUCGAAGCUUAAGCUCAGCAGCGAUGCUGACGUGCUCGUCUUCGAGGACAGCCCCGCUGGCAUCCAGUCCGGCAAGGCGGCCGGGUGCAAGGUCAUAGGGCUGGUCACGAGCCACACGAUGCAGCAGGUCGUAGCCGCGGAGCCGGACUGGAUAGUGAAGGAUCUGCGUUCUGUCAAGAUGGUCGAGUGUAAGGAUGGGGUCGUGACGUUACAAAUCUCUGAUGCCCUGGUACGAACGGCGAACUGA